ACAACUUGCCAAUUUAUCAGAACACCGGAAGAUAAGCCAUCGGUUGUGGCGAAGUUGCGGUGUUGAAUAUUCUUUGCUUAUUCGAAAAGUGUUUGUGGUUGUGAAAAGUGUUGGACAGUAUUAAAACAUUAAAAUGCCGCACGUUUUAGCAAAAAUGUCUAUGCAGCUCUUAGCAAAGAGCAAUGUGGAUUUCUUAAGCAUUGCUUCGAGGGCACAAAGCAAUUACUGGAGCAAUGUGCCGAUGGGCCCCCCUGAUGCCAUUCUUGGGGUUGCUGAGGCCUUCAGGAAAGACACAAGUCCUAAGAAAGUAAACCUUGGUGUAGGAGCUUACAGAGAUGACAACAACAAGCCAUAUGUUCUGCCAUCAGUGAGACAGGCUGAAGAAAACAUCUUUAAGAAGUGUUUAAACCAUGAGUAUGCUCCUAUUGGUGGUGAUCCAGUGUAUUGUGAUCUUAUUGCCAAACUUGGCCUUGGUGAGAACAGUUUAGCCAUUAAAGAAAAAAGAAAUGCGACUGUCCAGUCGAUAUCUGGUACUGGUGCCCUGCGUCUUGGAUUCGAGUUUAUUGGAAAGCAUUACAACCACGCUAGGGAGAUUUGGAUGCCUUCACCAACAUGGGGCAACCACCCACAGAUCUGUAACACAUUGGGCAUUACACACAAGAAGUACCGCUACUACGACCCUAACACUCUCAAAUUCAAUCUAAAGGGGUGCUGUGAAGAUAUCUGUUCAAUGCCACCGGGCGCUAUUAUUCUGCUGCAUGCGUGCGCGCACAACCCCACCGGUAUCGACCCUAAACCUGAAGAAUGGCAGAUAUUGUCUGAGAUCAUAAAAGAGAAGAGAUUGCUGCCCUUCUUCGACAUGGCGUACCAAGGGUUCGCGACCGGCAGCGUUGACAAUGACGCGUUCGCCGUGCGGCUCUUUGAAAAACACGGACACCAGAUCAUUUUGGCUCAGAGUUUCGCCAAGAACAUGGGAUUGUACGGUGAACGUGUUGGAGGACUCACGUUCGUAUGUGCCGACCAAGACACUGCCGCUAAGAUGAUGUCGCAACUGAAGAUCAUGAUCCGAACGCUGUACUCGAAUCCUUCCAUCAACGGAUCGCGUAUCGUCACCGAGAUCCUUUCCAGCCCUGAGCUGAAGGCCCAAUGGUUGAAGGACGUGAAAGAAAUGGCAGAUCGUAUCAUCCUUAUGCGUAAGAAACUGCGUGAGGGUAUCGAGAAGCGUGGCAGCAAGCACAAGUGGGACCACAUCACCAGCCAGAUUGGCAUGUUCUGUUACACUGGACUCAAACCUGAACAGGUCUUGCGAAUGACAAAAGAAUUCCACAUUUACCUAACGAAGGACGGUCGUAUCUCCGUCGCUGGCAUUUGUUCAAGUAAUGUUGAGCACGUCGCAGAGGCGAUGCACAAGGUCACUGCGUCUUAAGACAACCUAAUGCAGCGUGAUAAGACUAAUUGGCGUUACAUAAGCUGUUACCGAAUAGUGUCGCGUCGUGUCAGUUACGUCGUUGCAACUCGCAUUCAAUGUACCGAAAGAGCACAGUAUUUAUGAAACAAGCUUGUUUACGUUUAAUAUUUUUAUUGCUUUUGUCAUAUACUUUUGUAUGUAUAUUUUAUUUUUUAAAUUAAAAAUGUUCCCCUUGUUCAUGAAAGCAUUUCGUAAAUUCUACUUGUUUUCUGAGAUUAAAUAACUAUGUGAUAAUUUUAUCGUGUUGAGAAAUUGUUAAGAGGAUAUAUUCGUGAACAAAGGGUUAAGUUUAAGAAA